UAUCACCCUUUGGAUCAACAAGUGAAAAAAUUCUGGGAAUUAGAAAGUUGUUUCGAUCCUAUAAUCAAAAUUACAAAAGAGCAUUUAGAUUGUCAAGACCAUUUUCAAGCACAUUUUUCUCGUUUAGUAACUGGUGAAUACUCAGUUCGGUUACCAAUCAAAUUGGAUGUUCAGUCGCUUGGUGACUCAUAUCAACAAGCUGUACGCCGUUUUCAAAACCUGGAGCGUAAACUACAACGAAAUGCUGAUCUAAAGUCGCAAUAUAGUGCAUUUAUAAAGGAGUAUUUGCAUCUUAAUCACAUGUCACUAUUGACUGAUGAAGAAUUAAGUCAUCCCAAGUAUUUUUUGCCACAUCAUUGCGUUAUCAAGGAAUCCAGUUCUUCUACAAAGCUUCGUGUUGUAUUUGAUGGUUCAGCAGUUACAUCAACUGGGUACUCUUUAAAUGACAUAUUAAUGGCCGGUCCUACAAUUCAACCAAAUCUUAUUGAUUUACUUAUUCGCUUUCGUUCUUUUCCUAUUGCAGUAACUGCAGACAUUUGCAAAAUGUACCGUUGUGUUCGCAUCACACCUCCAGAUACUUUUUUACAAUGUAUUCUUUGGAGAGAUGACCUGCAGGAACCACUGAAGGUAUAUAAACUUGAUACUGUCACUUACGGCACAAAGCCUGCGGCUUUCCUGGCUGUUCGAGCUAUGCAACAAUUAGCGGUUGAUGAAUCAUCAAAUUUUCCUAUUGGUUCCAAAAUUACUCUUCGAGAUUUUUAUGUUGAUGACUUAAUUUCCGGUGGUAAUUGCAUUAAUGAUGUUCAAGACAUUGUGAGACAAACUUCUGCAUUGCUCAAUAAAGGCAAUUUUAAACUUAGAAAAUGGUGUUCGAAUCAAUUAGCUGCUCUUGAUGACAUUCCUGAAGCCGACAGAGAGCCAUUGCUCAAUUUCGAUGAUGGCAGUGAGUUUACAAAAACCCUUGGUCUAAUCUGGAAUCCAACCGAAGAUAAAUUCUUAUUCACCUUUGUUCCUUGUCAGGAUUCAAAGCGUGUUACAAAGCGUUCUGUGCUUUCUGUUAUUGCACGAUUUUAUGAUCCGCUUGGUCUUGUUGGUCCUUUGAUAUCAAAGGCAAAAAUAUUUUUACAGUGUUUGUGGAAGCAUACACUAGAUUGGGACGAGAGCCUUCCAAAUCAACUGCACACCGCAUGGACUGACCUCUACAAUCGUCUACAUAUAACUCAAAAAUUGGAAUUUCCACGUUAUGUCUCUUUACUUAAUGCAGCACUCGAACUACAUGCCUUUUGUGACGCUAGUAUGAAUGAAUAUGGUGUUUGCAUCUAU